AAAUAUCAAUUUGGGGCUUGCGAACUAGGGUUACGAUGGAUGAUCCUAAUCAAAACAAUGCAGCAGAGGAGGUUUUUCACAAAUUACGAGCUUUUUCUCUGUCAAACAUAGAGAAUGCGGUUAUUGAUAUCGGAGAUGAUGAUGUUAAAGCAAGUAUUGACGAAUGUAGACACAGCCUGUUUGGGAAAAUCGUGGGUGAGAAACGUGCUCAUCUGAGGGGAAUAAAAAAAGCCAUGGGCUGCCCGGCAAAUGAAGGCAGAUUGGUAAGGGAGCUAGGGAUAAAUUUCUUUCAAUUCAUCUUUGAAAAUCAGGAGGAUAUGUUGAAAGUGGCCAAUGGUACAAAUUGGAUUUUUGAAAAUCAAUUUCUGAUUCUUAGGAAAUGGAAAGAAGGCCUCAGAAGUACAGACAAAUCUUUCAAUGAACUCAAUCUUUGGGUGCAAAUCCAUAAUGUGCCGCUGAAUUGGCUCACGUCGGAGGUUGGUCUCAAAAUCGGUAAAAUCUUUAAAUCCAUUUCAAAUGUUCUGAUUAGCAAUCUGGGAUCGCAAGGAGGCCGACUGAUUAAGCUUCUAGUUACAGUAGAUAUCACUGAAGCGCUACCGCGAUGCACAACAAUCAGAUUAGGCUCUCAAGCUGUUACAGUCACAUUCAAAUACGAAAGGCUCGUUAAUCUCUGUUUUUACUACGGCAAAAUUGGUCAUAUUGAAAAAGGCUGCAAUCAACGAAUAGAAGAUAUCAGUGCUAAUACUCUCAAAGAGGGCCAAUUCGGCGAAUGGAUGAGAGCAACUGAUGGCUUGCAAGGUCAGGGCUGGAACAAUGCUAAUUCCUCUACAGACAAGGCCAAAGACUCAGAUACUCCCCAGUCUAACACCCGUCAACCUUCUACAAGCCAGAAUCCAAUAACAAAUGCCUCUCAGGAGCAAGUGGGCAGUUCCAAGCGGCAGGAGAAUGCAGUGCAAGUCACCGAAUCCAAUUUCUCAAAAGAAAAAACUGCAGAACCAAUGGAACAUACUGACCAACAAGCUCUUGUGAUGGUUCCCAUACAUUACCUGAAUUCCAGCGAACAUGGAAAAAUCACCCAGCAGCAAAUGGAAGAAGAGAAGGCAGAAGCAAUAACUU